UCUAUUGCCUCAAGUGUGCCUGGUCUUUUCCUUUCACAGACUGAAGAUGUGAAGAUUGGAGCAUGUCAGCUGAGCGACAUGGAACAAGAGAAGAACCAUCUAAAGACAAUACUCAAGAAACUGUCACUGCUGAAGCUGCUGAAGAACGCUGAUCACAGGAUCCUCCGGCUACGUGCAUUAGCUAUCAGCUACUGGAAGUCACUGGCAUUCCAGAAGCCUCCCAACCUCGCUGCUGUCCCCUCUGGGACAAGUGUCUCCUCCAAGGACCCAGACAAGCCUCAAGAAGAUUCUGGUGGUAGUACUGUCACCGAUGCUGAGGACAUGGAUACAGAUGCUGCAGCUGUGCAGAGUAACCUUGAGCUGCCCUUAGAAACCCAGCCUCCUGAUCUGCAUCAGAAGUGCUGGUUCGAAGGCCUGCCCAAGCGGCUCCACGUACCAGCUCCCAAAGUGCUCUGUAGACCAGCGACCCAGCGAUGGAUUAAACCCUGCUGCACUCGGUCAUGUGGCGAGACUCUGGAGCACACUCUCACCAUCCAGUACCAGCAGUGACAGUGUCUGUUCCUUGUAAGCUUCCGGACGCUGGCUUUCGACUGAAGAGAAAAUCUCUGGCAUCCCCUUGUAACUUUCUCUCCUAGGCAUUGAGUCACUGCGACUUUCUCUCCCCUAGCCAGGCUGGAUCCUUCUUAAUCCCGUCAAUGGCCAGAGGGAGUCACUGCAGAGACAGCUGAGGUGCUUCCCCCGCAUCUUGCUGCCUAUGCACUGCCAUGAUUCCUAGCCCUUGCUGGCCCUGGGAAGCUGGAGAUUGAAUGAGGGACCUAACCUGGAAUAGUCUAUGCAGCAGCACGACAAGCGGCAGCUGGACUAGCAUGGGGGUCCCCUCUUCUAUAGAUUCUUAUACCCCACUCCUCACCACAGUAUCGAAGCACCUAGAAUUUUCAUCCCCCCCCCCAGCCAUGGUGUCAGGGGAAUUUGGACCCAGCCACGCUAGCAAUACAAGCAAGAGCUGUGCCCUGAGGCCACUUUUAAUACUUUUCUGUUUUCCUUCCAUAGCUAGACACUCUUGUCUCAGCCACUCAGCACAGACGGGGCAGGGCAAAUUGGGUCAAUCCAGUGCAGAGCUUGUAGGUGUCUCCUUGAAUUCUUUGCUGAGGUUAUUCCCAAUAACAGCAGUGCCUGACCCAUGUCAUCAGUUGGGCCUAUUCUUAUCUCAGUACUCAUUAUAUAGAACCAUACAUAUGCAGGGCACUUUGCCAGUCUAGUAAAGACAAUCUCUGCCAUGUAGGGCUCACAUUUGAAGUCUGCUCUUCUUGAUUGUGAGUAACACAUCGCCCCUAACAGAAUACAUUCCCUCCCCAGGUAGGAGGUCACCCCACAGUAACAGGACCUUCCCCCCUUUGAUGAAGUCCCAUCAUUCCCAUCAACACUAAUAGGAUUAUGACGGAUAUAAUUAUCAUCCACAUUAGCUCUGUCCCAGCAUGAAGCAUGCAGAUUCCACGGCGGAUAAGCUGCUAAGCUACCCUCUCGCUCUGGGUUGGUGUUUAGGCCUAGAGAAGCCCCAAUCACUGCACUCGAUGAUACUUCUCUCUAGAGAAACAGCACCGAUGUUUGUUUUCCUUUCAGGGCUUGCAGAUGUUCUGAGCUGGGCAGACACUGAGAUGAGGUUUCGAGAGAAAGAUCAGCUGAGUGAUGCACUGAUCCAUAAUUCUACAAAUAAAGGGAAUAAUCUGCAUCCUUCAGACACAAAAUGUGUCUCUAGCAUUUGUCAAAGUGGGAGCUGAUUGGAUUGAGUUUGGCAAAGGUGGCCAAAGGUGUAGUUUCCACCUCCCUUGCAUUCACAGCAAUGCAGAUCUCUGAAGAGUGGGCUGGAAUGAACACUCUGGUUGUUGACAGGUUUCAGAGCGGUAGCCGUGUUAGUCUGUAUCAGCAAAAACAACGAGGAGUCCUUGUGGCACCUUAGAGACUAACAAAUUUAUUUGGGCAUAAGCUUUCGUGGGCUAAAACCCACUU